ACUCCAUGCCGGGUCUCUAGUUCCAGCUCGCCUCGGCUUGCUCGCGCGGCGGGAGAGUUGGCGCAAACCUCGCCGCAGCCGCAGCCUCCUCGCGCGCCUCUUCUUCCCUGCGCCCUUGGCUCCCGCUAUGGGACCAACGUGGGGCUCCUAAGAGUUGCCGGGUCUCAGCUGCGCGCUCUCCAGCUAAAGUCACCGCAGGCGGACUAUGGCUUAGGACGCCCGAGGGGUUAGUCUAGAGAUACGGGAAGAAGAAAAGACGGCUAACUGGGGAAAAAAAGAGAAAACGAAAGAAAAGCCAAACGAUGAGUUUCCACAAGGAGGACGGAGUGAACACUCUGUGCCAGAAGGCGCUGCACAUCGUCACCGAGCUGUGCUUCGCGGGCCAAGUGGAAUGGGAGAAGUGCUUGGGCAUCUUCCCUCGGGACAGGGGCAGCCAGGGCGGAGGCAGCACAGAUAUUUCGGUCAGCCUGUUAGCAGUCGUUGUCAGCUUUUGUGGACUGGCCUUGUUGGUUGUCUCACUUUUUGUCUUCUGGAAGCUGUGUUGGCCAUGCUGGAAAAGCAAACCUGUGACUUCCAACGUCACUACCCUUCCACAGAGCAUUUCAAGUGCUCCUACUGAAGUUUUUGAGACUGAAGAGAAAAAAGAAAUUAAGGAAAAUGAAAAGCCAGCCGUAAAAGCUAUUGAGCCUGCAAUAAAAAUCAGCCACACUUCCCCUGAUAUCCCAGCAGAAGUCCAAACUGCUUUAAAAGAACAUUUAAUUAAACAUGCACGUGUGCAAAGACAAAUUACUGAGCCUACGUCAUCAUCUCGCCACAAUUCCUUCCGAAGACACCUACCGAGGCAAAUGCAGGUUUCCAGUGUUGAUUUUAGCAUGGGCACGGAACCUGUUUUACAAAGAGGAGAAACAACAACCAGCAUUGGGAGGAUAAAGCCAGAACUCUACAAACAGAGAUCAGUUGACUCUGAAGGCAACCAAAAAGAAGAUGUCAAAACCUGUGGGAAACUUAACUUUACCCUCCAGUAUGAUUAUGAAAAUGAACUUCUAGUUGUUAAAAUUAUCAAAGCCUUAGAUCUCCCUGCUAAAGACUUCACAGGAACUUCUGACCCUUAUGUGAAGAUGUAUCUUCUUCCAGACAGGAAAAAGAAAUUUCAGACCCGCGUGCACAGAAAGACUUUAAAUCCUGUAUUUGAUGAAACUUUUCAAUUUCCUGUAGCAUACGAUCAACUAAGCAACCGAAAACUACAUUUCAGUGUAUAUGAUUUUGACAGAUUUUCUAGACAUGACAUGAUUGGGGAAGUGAUUCUUGAUAAUUUGUUUGAAGUCUCUGAUCUCUCCAGGGAAGCCACAGUAUGGAAAGAUAUUCAUUGUGCUACCACAGAAAGCGUAGACCUGGGUGAAAUCAUGUUUUCCCUUUGUUACUUGCCGACGGCAGGGCGUAUGACAUUGACAGUCAUUAAGUGCAGAAAUCUGAAGGCGAUGGAUAUUACUGGCUCAUCAGAUCCUUAUGUCAAAGUGUCCCUGAUGUGUGAAGGUCGAAGAUUAAAAAAGAGGAAAACAACUACAAAGAAAAACACUCUAAACCCUGUGUACAAUGAGGCCAUUAUUUUUGACAUCCCUCCAGAGAACGUGGACCAGGUCAGCCUCUCCAUUGCAGUCAUGGAUUACGAUAGGGUAGGACACAAUGAGGUCAUAGGAGUAUGCAGAACAGGACUGGAUGCUGAGGGUCUUGGGCGAGACCACUGGAAUGAAAUGCUGGCCUAUCAUCGAAAACCAAUAACACACUGGCACCCCUUGCUGGAGUUACCUGGCCGGGCGACCAGUUUUGAUAGUCAAGGAUCCUGCCCUUCUCCUAAACCACCUUCCACACCAUAAUGCCUCCAAAAUAAGACCAUGAUAUUAAGAACCUAGGAUCACGUGCUCAUUGAAUCAGAAAAAAAAGUGGAAGGUUUGAUUUCCUCAUUUAAAAUAUAUCUAUAGUAAUGAACGAACUUGAUGUGCACUUUUUUAUUUACUUUUAUUGUCGAUUUUUUAACUUUGAACAUCAAUACAUUUUACUUGAAUAUAUACAGCCCUUCGUUGCAUAAGGCAUUUUAUCCUUCACGUCAAAUGCCUGUUAGCACAGAGUGUUUUACUAUGUUGUAAUUCUUUGCAUAAGCAAAGAAAUGUUUUUUUAAACAGUUCAUACUUAUCUAAAAUUAAAUAUAGUUUAUGCUGCUAUUGUAUAAAGUAGCAGUUGUCACAUAUGUAUGGGUUUGAUUUUGUUAUACUGUGUUCAUUUCUAAUUGUGCAUGUGGUUCUAUAUAAACUUAAAAGGAGAUUUUGAACUUAAUUUACACAACAAAUCCUUACACAAUCAAAUUAGUGUUACUUAUCUGAUAAUAGUUUCUUUCAUUCUCAGAAAAUGACUUUCUUGGUGAGGUUUGGCUCUGCUAAACUCAAAACUUUGUCUCUCCGGCUUGUUCUUUAAAACACACAAACAAAGCUGUAAAUUUAAAGAAUCAUUCUGAAUAUAAAUUUAAGAAGUAAUGCUUAUUGGCUGAAAAACGGAGGCUGAGCCAUUGUGGCUACCAUUUUAUACUGUUUUACUGUAACGUUAGCUCAAAUAUCUGUUGCACUGUUUAACUGAUAUUUUUUAAAUUCUAAUAAUCUUCAUCUCAAAUGUAGCAUUAGUAUUUCUAAGUGAACAGAAUCAGAAGUUCAUUUUUUAAGUGUUUGUAAGGUUCUCAAGUACUGUGACAUGUAUUUUUUGUGACUUGAAGCUAUCAUAGAGAUCCUGUAUUUCUGAUAGACCAUACUAACAGACACCAAAGGAACAACAGCACUGCCUGUGUUCAUCAUCGUUUAGACUGUACACAGUAAUGGUGACUCUUAAAACCAGUCAGAAGCUAAUCAUUGGAAUUGGGUACUUUCGUAAAGAAAAGAUGAUUUAUUUUCAGCAAAAUAUAGAAAUAUACCAUAAAUAUUAAUAAUACAGCUUCAACACUUAAUAAUAAUAAACACAUUAAUUCUAAAGGCCCAGGCCUCCAGUCCUUGCAUGAAAGGCAUUUGCCUUCAUAAGGAUCAAGGUUCAGGCCACUACAUGUAAAAACUAUGCAAAUGUUUUUACAAGACAGAACUUUCUUUUAAAUCAGGUCAACAUAUUUUGUCCCAUUUUCAGGCCCUGUUGGAAAGUAUCUAUACUGAAUUACCUCAACCUUACUUUUGAGAUAUGUGGUGUAGAUAGUAUAUAUUUCAAGCUUAUUUCAAAAUUGGUGGUUUUUUUUUAAAAAGGCAAGAAAAUAAAAACAUAUUUACCUGGAUGAGAAAAUUUUAUCAGCGGUUAUGAAAUUUUUAUUUUUGUAAAAUCCCAUUGUUUCUAAAUAUUAAAAAAAGUUUUAAAAGCAUUAACAUUUUGUUGACAUCUCUUAUAGUGAUGGCAUUACUAUUAAUUAAGAGGUAAAUAUUUUGCACAUUAACAUUUUAAAGGCAAACAUAGUUCUGCCUCAGAUUUUUCAAAAAUGCUUAUACCACCCUAAGGGAAAACAGGUACUCCUAGCUAACAUUUUCUCAUUUAAAAUAAUAGAAGAAAGCUGUUUGGAAACACUUGGCUACCUUGUCAAGCCUAAAAGAAUUAUUUGCUAUAGGUAAAAUGAAAGAUGACACUUGCAUUUUGAAAUUAUUUGUUUUAUUGGGAAAUAAAACUUUUCAAAUGGGAAGACAAAGUUAUGCUAUUAAUAGAAUGACAUUUUUGGAGACAAUUGUUUUAUUAGUAGAUAUAACUGAAGCUUAAAGUAAAUUAACAAUUACAUUUCCUAAGUGAGUAUAAUUCUUUUCACCCAAAAACAUAUUUGAAGGACUUUUUGUUGAUUCUUAGAAACUCGCUUUUCUUUACUUCCUAAGGAGAAAAAGCCAAUGCUUGUGAUGAAAAAAUGUGAACCCAUUGGCCAAUCCAAAGACUCUAAUAUGGCAAUUGUAGAUUAAAAUAAGUUUUUAAAAUAAUUUUUUAAAUGUUUCCUUGAAGUUAGAAUAAACUCAUCAUGCAAGGAUAUGUGUUAAUCCCGAGAAAGAGAUGAAGAAGAGGAAAUUCACCGCAACUGAUCUUUCAUGUAAUUCAGGAGGUAGGUUUACACUCAGAUUAAUAAGGCAUGAUUGUUAAAAACGACAGUUCAUAUUAUUAAAAUGUAAUCCUAAUACUUUUAAUACAACACACCCUCACUCUCUACAGCCCACACAUUCAUAUACACAUAACUUAUCAUCUUUCUGCUUGUAAUUGAAAAUGAAAUAUUUUUAGUUUCAGUAUUUAAAAUAAGGUUGAUAUUACAAAUCUCCUCUCAUUUGUGUGGGACAUCACAUUUUAAUGGCAGUACUGACACAUUAUGAAGUUGCAGUUCAGGUAUAUAAUGAAUAUCUAAUUUCAGGGACUUCUUCAGGGACUUACCAAAUAUAAGUCUAGGGAAAAAAAGAGUAA